AUGCCCGCCACUGUAGCCUCUGCUCUGCCUAGGCAUUCAUUGCCUUGCCCUUGGCUUCUGAAUGAUGAUCGAAGACAUCGAAAGGACGUGUAUCGCAGACAGGCGGCACCUGUCAUUCCAAAGGAUGCGCCUUGUAUGCAACACAUUCACCUUCCUACACUGCCCCAUCCCGAAUCUCAUUUACAGUGUACAAAGGCGGUGCUUGAGCCUCACCAGUCAGCUACUGGGCCGGAGGGAGACUCACAAGCGCGCGAAGGACACGGAAAGAGUCGGACGGGUUCUGUCGAGGGACUUUCUUGCCUAUUCUCCUCUUGCGAGCUGUACGGUGUCGCGCAUACAGUCGACUCUGAUCACCAUCAGCUCAAAGAGACACCAUCAUAUCUUCAGAUGGAGCAGCCACAGACCACCUGUUCCGGAAGUCUUCUGACAUUGAACCAGCAGCAUCAUAUGCGUAGUUCCCCACCAAUCCAGCCUGGAGAGCAGAAUCAUGUUGCUAAACUACCCUCUUUUUCUGAGUUUUUACAUACCACCAGGGCAGAGACGCCCCCACGAACACCAUCUCAUCGCAAUGGUUCAGUUGACGAUUCACCCCGUGCAAAGCCAGUCUUUGAUGAUGUUGCUUGGAUUGCGGACCACCCGCGCAAACGCAACGACACGCUCGGAGAUAUCUACGCAUCCCAGAUGCCCGAUUCCCGCCGCAUGAGCGGUGCUAUUGAUCCCACCUUAGAGGGCGGGUCUCCACGGCGUUCGCAGCAUGCUGCUUUGCACUCCAUCGCGACUGAGCGCCAUAAUCGUCCCAGUCACUCGCACCCACCAUCCUCAGUGCAUUUCUUGGCCGCAUCUUCAGCACAUGCACGUCAACAGUUGUCUGCAAGUACGGCUACUGGUAACGCAUAUGCCCAACAACUUGAACUCCAUAGUUUGGCGUCCCAAGCUGCUUAUCGCAGACCCUCAUCACACAAUGAGGCCAUGUAUGAGCAGCAACGGUCUAGCUACUACCAUGAGCAUCGUGCUCCCAGCUAUACUUACGACAGAGGUCAGGAUUAUCACUACGCAGGACCGCCUUACCAAGCUGUUCCUCAUCCUGGGUACGAGGUCGCAUAUGGCGACAUCCGCUUUCAGCAGCAUGUGGGCACUGACCACAAUGCUUUCAAUAGAAAGCGCCGGGGCAACCUACCAAAAGAAGCGACAAACAUUCUCAAAGAGUGGUUCGCCGCCAAUAGGGCCUCACCUUAUCCUACCGAAGAGCAAAAGCUCAUGCUCUGCAAUAGGACAACUCUAAGCAUCAACCAGGUUUCAAACUGGUUCAUCAAUGCUCGGCGACGCGCUCCACAGAAAGAGCAGCGGGACCGACAGGCCAUCGAACCAUCAGCCUAG